AUGGUCGUCACCAUCGACCACGCCUGCUUCCCGCACAUCUUCUCCGACAUUAUCGGCUACUGCGACGUCAAAACUCAACACAAGCUGCGCUUUCUCUGCACGUCUGUCAAGCUCGAGGUGGACAGACUCCAAUGUUCGGAGAUAACGUUCAUCCUCGAUAUUGACGAGAACUCCAGUGGCCAUGAGAUCUCCUGCCCCGAGCGUGCGAUUUUGAGACUCAGUCCGUGGGGCAAUUACAGUGGCAAAAUCUCUGCUCUUUGUCCCUCUCAACUCAAAGGUGGUGAGUCAUCAAACAUGACCACCUGCAUCCAGCCAGAGUACGUCGCUGCUCUCCGCAACGCCCACACGGUGUCUACAUGGUCUUACGACUUGAUGUGGGAUGAUCUGUGGGCCGCCAGGGCGCUGCAAGCGGGGACGAGCUACCACAGUCCAUUCAAGCUGCUGGACAACGCCACACGGCUGGAGCUGGUCGUGGGGGAUCUCCCGCCCCCAGCCGGCGCCUUAGUUCCAGCACAAGUCGCGAUCCCUUCUACCGUUCAGAGGCUGCAAUUUAGGCAAGAGGGCGACGACAUGUGGAUGUUCAGGAGCACGCUCUUGCAUAACUGUCACUUUUUGCGCUUCUUUAUUAAUAAGGAGGAAAUUGUCUUCAGUCAGGAGCAAGAUAAAGAAGAGGAAGAGGAAGGGAAGCGUUGGCGUAGGCGCUUCUUCACCAGUCUCCUGCGCCCAUGUGUGCAGCACGUCCUCCUGGACGUCGACGAGGAGGGCGACGCCACAGCCUACUUCAACGCUGUCAAGGGCAAGAACCUCCAUCCUGACUUGCGAGUCGAGGUGCUCACAUACCACAAAUGGAGCCAGGAACGUGAAGACGAAUUACGCGACAAGUUGGUUAAGAUCAUACCAGUGAAAGUCAUCGUUCGCGAGUCCGUCCGAGGUGAGGAUUGGUGA